AUGUCUCAAGUUGGAGAAACUGCAGUAAAAGUAUUUGGAUGGACAAUUACAUCGGUUUAUCAUGAUCCACUGUCUCCCACCUCUUCCUCGUCUUCUUCUUCCUCACUUGUACCACACAUGGUAAAGAACCAAUCUGAUACUGACCACAGCGAAGAAGACAAUACAAGAGUACUUAAGAUAUCAUCUGAUGAUCUUAACAAAGAGUCAAAAGAAACAUCUGAGAACAGCGACCAACACAGUGAGAUCACAACAACUACUUCAUCAGAAGAGAAAACAACUGCCCUCAAGAAACCAGACAAGAUUCUUCCAUGUCCCAGAUGCAAAAGCGCAGACACUAAAUUUUGUUAUUACAACAACUACAACGUUAACCAGCCACGUCACUUCUGUAGAAACUGCCAGAGGUAUUGGACUUCCGGUGGAUCUAUGAGGACUGUCCCUGUUGGUUCAGGCCGUCGCAAGAACAAAGGAUGGGUUUCUUCCGACCCUUACCUUCACAUCACUUCCGAGAAUACUAGUAAUGACUACAAUAGCUCCUCCACGAAGAUUCUCAGCUUCGAGUCUUCGGAGUCUUCGGUUACUGACAACGCUAGUAACCAUCGAUCAAGCGAUGCGAAGAUAACCGCCGAUUCUCUUUCACAAGAUUUCAACAACUUUCACGGAUUUCUUCCUCCGCAAGUAACAUCAUCGGUUUCGCCUACUUGGCCUUAUCAGUACCCUCCUAACCCUAGUUUCUACCACAUGCCUGUCUACUGGGGCUGCACGGUACCGUUUUGGUCUACCCAAGAGACUUCCACAUGUCUAGGGAAAAGGACAAGAGACGAAGCUUCACAUGAAACUGUUAGAGAAAGCAAAGAUGCUUUUGUAAGAGCAAGAUUGGAUUCAGAAUCUCAAAGUAACUAUAACGAAGCAAGCUUAGCUACGAAGAAUCAUGUCUGGUAUCCAGUACCGAUGAAACGCGAGAAGACAGAGCAAUUCAGAUUUUUCAAGAAAGGAUCUGAAACAAAGAGCAACAACAGGAGAUCCGUUCCUCCAACGUAUUUUAGCCUGCAAGCGAAUCCUGCAGCCAUGGCAAGAUCUGUGAAUUUCAGGGAGAGCAUGUAA